AUGGUUCCGGAAAGAAAGACUCUUCAUGUCUCCCACCUUGGAGGGAUACAAGUGGGCUAUCGCGCGUCGGAAGAGAUCUUGGACCAUUCGAAACCCACUUUGGUCUUGUUCAAUCCGUUCACUGUAACCGCCGACUAUUACAUCCCUGAAUUUGAGAAUGAAUCUCUCCUUCAGGCGGCCAAUCUUGUCGCGCUUGAGCCUUUGGGCCACGGCGAUACAUUUCCGCAGAAGGUAGAAAACUUCACUUAUUGGGAUAGUGCCAUCAUGGCACUCGAAGCCCUGGACAAGCUCGGGGUUGAGCGAGUAUUUGUCGCAGGGACUUCACAGGGCGGCUGGAUCGCUGUACGAAUGGCGCUUGUCGCGCCAACGAGGAUUACAGGUAUCGUCGCGAUCGGAUCAUCGAUGGAUUUCGAGUCUCCACGGAGUCGCGAGCUUGGUUGCUGGGAUGGCCCAGGAGCGACUUCGGGUCUGGUAACAUUGGCUGGCAAUACUGCCCCUGCCGAUGACUUUGAACCGGGGAGCGAUUACUGUGACUUUCUGAUGGACAUUGGUUUUGGAAAGACUGUUGACCAGGAGACCAAGGAAUUUUGGUCCAAAGCUAUCAGACACAAUUACUGUGGAGGGCCAGGAAAACGAAGAAUCUGUCAGGCAGCAGUCACUCUUGCUACUCGGGACGGAUUACUCGAACGACUCCCGUACAUCCACUGCCCUGUCCUGUGGCUGCAUGGCACCGACGACAUUGUUUUCAGUGCAGCGAACGCCGAGGAAGGCAUUGCGCGGUUCACAAAUGCAGCUGAGGCCAGACUGAUUAAAUUUCCAGGCGGGGUCCAUUUCUUGAGUUGGACUCACAGAAAAGAAGUCGCUCGCGAACUGCUGGGGUUCAUCAACAAAUGGGGAAAGGAUCUGAAGGCCUCACUGUGA